AUGCUCGACCCGUCCACCCCGUCCCCUUCCAAACCCCUCACGCCUCAGGCCACUAAUACCACAGCUACAUUAUCUAAUGACACCACACAAACACAACUGCUACACAAAAUGGAGGCCCACUCUCGGCUACUCGAGGAGUCGAACAGGGUCCUGCAGGAACAUACCAGGGUUUUAAAGGCAUGCCCUAAACCCGCGCCGUCGAAGAUACAACCAGUGGCGGCGGACCCGCAUAAUAUUCAUCAAUCCUACGAUAAGGCCGCCGCCACAUCCCAAACCCCCUGCAGGCCCCUCCGUAGUAGUGUCCAGAGAGGGUCUCAACACUGCAGAGCAGAUAAUCACACAAAUAAGUAG